GGGGCAGGUCCAUGAGGGGGAGGGCGGUUCCGCGACUUUCUACCGGGCGACGUGGAUGGUCUAAAGUUGAAAACUUUCCGAGAGUUUGGGCGGAGAAGGGGAUGGAGAGGAGUGGCGGUCUGUCUGUUUCGGGCUCGCUGUGGGGGUAGCGGAGCGCUGUCUGUCUGCUCCGAGUUCUGUGCGGGGAUAGCGGAGCGGCGGUCUAUCUGCUCCGGGCUCGGUGCCGGGGUAACGGAGGCUGUGCUGCGCCCUAGAUGCAAUGGACGGGGCCAUCAGCAUCAUUCUGCUGUCGUUGGCCAUGUUCGGGGGCUCCCUGCUGCUGGGACUCAUCCCGCUGGUCAUCAGACUGCCUGAGGCAAAGCUGAAGUUUGUGACAGUGCUGGGUGCGGGACUGCUUUGUGGGACAGCACUGGCCAUGAUUAUUCCAGAAGGCAUCGAGCUGCUGCUGGCCAGCCCUUUGACAGCUCAGCGGUGGAACCUGACCCAGAGUCACAUUGCCAUGGACACACAAGAGAUUGAGGGGAGAGAGGCCGGAGCCCAGCAGUUAGUACCCCCGCACUUCUUCAUCGGUAUUUCCCUGGUUACUGGAUUCCUGCUGAUGUUUGUCGUUGAUCAGGUCACCAGUUGUAUCGCCUGGCAGGGAGAACAGGGGAGAAGAUCGGGGGCUGGAUCCAGUCUGACUGCCACCCUUGGCCUUGUUAUCCAUGCAGCAGUGGAUGGUGUGGCACUAGGAACUGCUGCGGGAUCUUCCCAGCUCUCACUCCAGCUCAUCGUCUUCUUUGCUGUUAUACUGCACAAGGCACCUGCAUCAUUUGGUUUGGUCUCGUACCUGAUGCACGCUGGGCUGGAGAAGAGACAGAUCCACAAGCACCUGCUGGCCUUCUCUCUGGCUGCCCCACUGCUGGCCGUCAGCACCUUCUUCAUUGUCCGCAAGAGCAGUCUGGAAUCUGUGCAACAGACCAAGGCCACCGGCAUUGGGCUGCUCUUCUCCGCUGGAACCUUCCUCUAUGUUGCAUCUGUGCAUGUUCUUCCUGAGGUCAGUGGCCAACAUUCCCACCAGGUCACCAAUGGACAUGGCAAGAAAGGGCUGGGCUUCCUGGAGAGCCUGACGCUGAUUGUGGGCUGUACCAUUCCUGUUUUCCUCUCGCUGGGACUCCAUGAUGGCUAGUUGUGAUUUGGACCACUGCUCUCAUCUUCGGUCCUGCCCUACCCCUGCUUGAACUGCAAGGGCAGGGCAGCUCUGAGACAGCCCCCAUUCAAAUUCUGGAGGUGGAUGCUGCAGAAAAACUAACAUCUCCAAAACCUAAUGGCCCAUGAUCAUCCAUGUUAAGGUGAUGGGACUUGGGAGAGCCAAUGUAUCAUGUUGGAGUGUAGAAGAAGGGGUCUAUGCUCCCUUGUACCAGUUAAUAAUCUGGAGUCAUCACCACCAGUGCAGGAGAGUUUGCACUUUUUCUUUAACACAAACUCUACUCCCUCUCUCUCACUCACCAUCAUGCACAUUCUCUCUAUCACUCUGUAUGUGUUACAUUAUUUCUCACUAUCACACACACACUCACCCCUUCUGAUAUCUGUGAAAUUCUUAACAGGUACACAGAGAAUGCUCAGGAGAGCAAAGCAGGUAAAUGAGAGCCUGAUUACUCCCUUGGUACAUUUGCAACAAAGUCAUAUAGUUAUUACAAGUGACUUUUCCAAGCAAUCUUUUCUUCCUUUCAAAUAAUUUUUAAUCAGGUGUACAUUAGUGAGUGAUGGCGAGACACAUUUAGUUGAUGUCAUUGGGGCAAUGCACAAGAUCAUUCAUCGUCUAUUUAGACAUUGAAUGGAAAAACACAUCCUUGCCCUGGCUUGAGCGCUAGGAUGGCCAGUGUGAAGAACUAUCAACUAGGUAAAAGAAUCUUGUAACAUAAACUUUCAGAUGAAUUUUUGUUGUUGACCCAUUUGUUAGGGUAGAGCAGAAGGGAAUGAACUAUCAUUGUAAACUCCACCAGGGUGGAGAUGAAUUAUUGGUGGAGAAGUGCAGAGUAGGAAUUGUAGAUUACUACGGCAAAUAGUACACAGAAAGGGUGAAUUACUGAGAUAAUGGCUGGGAGAGGUGAAAUAUUGUGGCAUUAGAAAGAGGAGAAUUUCUAGGGUGACAACAGGGAGAGGAUGAGUUAGUGGGGUGAGAGGUGAAUUGUUUACAACAGGUAGCCAAGUCAAGCUAGGGCCUACAUGUCAGUCAGCCUGACAAUCAGUAGUAGGGAAGUCACUGAAGAUAAUUCUAUGGAACACUACCUCCCAACAUUUGGAUAGGUAGACUCUGAUUAGGAGUCAACAUGGCUUUGUGUGUGGUAAGUCUUGCUUGAUGAACCUUUUAAGAGGUAACCUAAGUUAGAUGAGGGUUGGGCAGUUGUUGUCCAUUUCAAUUUGAGCAAGGCCUUUGACAAGGAUCCACAUGGUAGGCUGGUCUGGAAGGUGAGGUCCCAUGAUAUACAGCGAGAGCUAGUUUGGUGAAUCAAAAUUGGUUCAAAGGUAGGAAGCAGAGGAUAGUGGUUAAAGAUUAUUUCUUGGAAUGGAGGCCGAUGACUAGUGGUGUGCCACAGUGGUUGGUGUUGGUACCCUUGUAACUCAUUAUUUACAUAAAUGAUUUGGAUGUGAAUGCUCAAGGCUUGAUCAUUAAGUUGUGGAUAACACAAAAUCAGGAGGUGCUGUUGAUAGCUAAGUCGUUUAUUACAGAUUACAAGAAGAUCAUGAUCAGUUAGUGAAGUGGGCUGACGAGUAGCAAAUGAAUUUCAGUAAGUCUGGGGUGAUACAAUUUGGAAAAUCAAACCAGCAUAGGACUUGUAUGAAUGGUAGGGCACUAGGGAAUGGAAUGGAACAGAGGGACUUGGGAAUACAAGUGCAUACAAGUGUUUUUCUGUAAGUGGCAUCAGAAGUAGAUGGGCUAGCCUUCAUCAGUCAAGGUACUGAGUGUAGGAAUUUGGACAUUAUGUUGGCAGUUGUGUAAGUCAUUGUAGAUCACUACGGCAAAUAGUACACAGAAAGGGUGAAUUACUGAGAUAAUGACUGGGAGAGGUGAAAUAUUGUGGCAUUAGAAAGAGGAGAAUUUCUAGGGUCACCUUGUUAUAGAAAUAGUUAAAUUGGAAAAAUUUACAAGGAUGUUGCCAGGAUUAGAGAGCCUGAGUUAGAGGAAGAGGUUGGCCGGAGUACAUUUUUAUUCCCUGGAACAUAGGAGAAUGAGGGGUGACCCUAUAGAGUGUUUAAAGUUAUGAGAGGCAUGGAUAAGGAGGAUGGUAACUGUCUUUUCCUCAGGGUUGACAGGUCUAAAACUGGGUGGUUUAAAUUUAGGGUGAGAGAUGAACCGGAGGAGAAAUGUUUUCACAGAGAGGGUGGUGAGUAAAUGAAUGAGCUGCUAGAGGAAGUGGUUGAGGCAGGUACAAUGGUAUCAUUAAAGAAGCAUUUGGAUAGGUAAAUGGAGGGUUGCAGCAUGAAGGGUUAUGGGCCAAAUGCAGGAAAGUGAAACUAGCAAGGUGGACAGUGUGGUUGGCAUGGAUUGGUUGGGCCGAUGGCCAAUAUCCAUGCUGUAUUACACUCUACCAAUAAUGCUCCGAAGAUGUUCAGUCUCCUGAAUGUGCAGAUAAUAUCUGAGGCUUAACCUGCUAAAUAUUUAUUGAACUAUCUAAAUUCUUAGAUUGUCACUAAGAGGCAAAGAAAAAUCCUUUUGGGGAACCAGAAAAAUGUCAAAAGAUAAAUUUGAAACAGAAGAACAGCACGUCUUAUACCCUAAUGUCCUGGCAUAAUGUUUGGAAAAGACUCUAAAGGACAACACAUUGCCAUUAUCUCUGUCCCAGUUCAACCUAUUUACCCCCAUCUGGAAGAUUAUUCGCCCAUUGUGUGACCAUUCUUAAGAUUACUGUUUAGCAGUAUCAAAUGCCCCCCUACUGGUAUUCGGACCUGAAAUCCUGGGCCUUUUUAGUCUUUCUGCUGCCUGUGAUUGAAAUUGCACAAUAUCCAAGCUGCAAUCUGAUUGUUUUUCCUUCCUGUAUACUUGAACCUCUCUCCUUUGACUGUUGCUCCACUUAGUAAUUGGAGAGUUGUGAACUGGGGAAAGUGAGGGAAAAGCGGUAUGUGAAGUAGUACAGAGCUGGGGUAGAACUGGGUGGUUGGAGUAGAGACCAGUGAGAGAGUUAAAAGGUACUGAUAAUCAACAGGCAGGAGAUCAGCAGGCUGAGGAAAAGGAGUAGACAAGAUUGUGUGUAACACACACAAAAUGCUGGAGGAACUCAGCGGGCCAUGCAGCAUCUAUGGAAGAGAGUACAGUUGACGUUUCAGGCCUAGACCCUUCAUCACCUGUACUCUUUUUCCAUAGAUGCUGCCUAGUCUGCUGAGUUCCUCCAGCAUUUUGUGUGUGUUGCUUGGAUUUCCAGCAUCUACAGAUCUUCUCUUGGUUAAGAUUGUGUGCGUAUCAAGUUUGUGUAGCAGCACUGGGUGUCCAUUUGUCUUCAUGAUCUAUCAAGACUCUCCUGAGAAGUUAUCUGCAGUAUGGAGGACUGCCGAAAGUAAUGAUUUAAUCACACAUACUGUCAGAUGCUUGAUAGAAUCAGUGUAAAUGAGAGUUGGUCAUCUACCAUUGUUCCUGUUGCCCUUUAAGAUGUGACUAUUUCUGCAGGGUACUGUUUUAUCCAAAAGCUGUCUAUAUUAAUAUCGUAAUCUCAUCAACAGUUGGUAUUAGCCUCAAUACAAUUUUUAUGUUCAGCUCUCAAGACCUAAUGAAGAUAGAAGCUGUAAUAUAUUAAUUUCAAUUUAAAACCUAUGGUUAGAAAGCAUAAUGUAUUAUUUUAAUAUAGAAAGGAUAAAUGUGUUGAGCUGUUUAGUCAUCUGUCCUAUGUAAAUAAAAUUAUUU